AUGACCGAUGCGUCUUCCUCGACAAGUUACCCGACGAACAUGACGAACCUAACAGAUUUACAAUUGCGACAAACUAUAACGCAGCUCUCAAACGCAGCCAAUAAUCCUACAAACCAGUUCCAGCACUAUGUAUCACCCGCACCCCAACAAUCAACAUCCAAAGUAGCACCUGUACAGGUUCCUCCUCCUCUCCCACCAAACCCACCCCGUCAUCCACUUCCCGUCGUCUCACAAGCUCUCCACUCCACAUAUCCAUCCCGCCUACGCACAGGAACAACCCUCCUCGUCCAACCCAUACUCACCCAGCCCUCUGCAGCAGCCGGAAACACAAGAGCCUCCACGCGUCGUGGAGGCAUGAUCAACUACGCAGAACCAGGCUCAGGAGAUGAGUUCCCAGAUGCUGGUGCUAUCGAAUCUGACGACUCUGAUUUUGUCGGUAAUGGGGGCAUGAGGACGACUUUGAGGACGCGGAGAAUGGGAACUGGAAUGUCCGUUUUUCACUCAGGUAGUGGUAUGUCCACGCCCCAGCCACAACCACAACGGCGUUCUACACCAAUGCAGAACGACAAGGGAGAGUUGGAUCAGAGCUACCUAGGCAUGAUACCUCCAAGCCGCUUCAUAAAAGCAAAACCUGUCGCUCCAACAGUACAUGAAUAUCCCGCGCCUGACAUGCUUGAAACACAAGCACAAACACGUGCCUCACUGGUCCCUAUUCGUGUCGAGUUCGAAACAGACACCCUCCGAAUACGUGAUUGCUUCGUCUGGAACUUGAACGAGACCCUCAUCAAACCCGAAUUAUUCGCCAAGGUAUUCUGCGCAGACCUCGACCUCCCCGCCGUUCCAUGGGUAGAAACAGUUGCAAAUCAAAUUCGUGCCCAGAUCGAAGAUCACGAAGGCGUCGCUUCCAUGGAUAUCGGCGCAGAGAAUGUUAUCGAGUCGUCCUUGGAUCCGCAUGUUGCAAGCGAAGAGGUUCCUGAGUGUCGUGUUAUUCUAAGCAUCGACGUGCAGAUAGCGACGCAUCAUUUACUCGAUCAUAUAGAGUGGGACUUGCUUUCGCCUCUGACACCUGAAGCAUUUGCCUCGCAACUCUGUACCGAGCUGGGGUUGUCAGGAGAGGCACUACCGCUCAUAUCUCACGCGAUCCACGAAGAACUUAUAAAGCACAAGAAAGAUGCUAUCGAAUGGGGCGUCAUCGGCGGGGACAAAGAAGCCGAAGGCAUGAAAGACAAAACAGGGCUGGGCAUGGGCUGGGGCCGCACCAAAGGGCCAAAAGUCCUCCAAAGCGUGUGGCGUGAAUGGACAGAAGCAGAAGAAUUCCGAACACGGUUUGAGGUGCUCACGGCAGAAGAAGUAGAGAGACGUGAAAUUGAAAAAGAAAGAGCUAGCAGGCGGUUGCGUCGCGAGACGUCUAAAUUCCAGACGACCAGAACUAGACGACGUUGA